AUGCCCGAACCUCCAAGGAAAAAGUCCAAGAAGAACCAAAAACAAACGAGAAAGAACAUUAAGAAGAAAGCUCCAAUCUCUCCACGAAGCACACUAUACGUCAGUAAUUUGAACGAGAAGAUAAAUCCCAAGCGUUUGAGAAUCAAUCUAUACUUAUUAUUUUCCAUUUAUGGUGAAGUUAUUAAGGUAGCCAUCUCUGCUAAGAAGCAAAGAGGGCAAGCAUAUAUCACCAUGAAGAAUGUCGAUGAAGCCAAUUUGGCAAAAAUUUCGUUAAAUGAUGAAUUGUUCUUUGAGAAUCCACUUCAUAUUGAGUUUAGUAAAGAAGAUUCUAUAAUACGCUAG